AUAGAAAAGGUGAAAAGGCUGCUAAAGAAAGGUGUUGGUAGGAUAAAUAGCCCUAGUCAUCUAGUGUUCUUUUGUCGUGUGCUGAAAACACGACCAAUUAAGUCGUCCCACGGUGUGGUACAAGAUGGAAGGGUCGAUAAGGCACGUCGCCACCAAGCACCGUCCCUCUGCGUUCCCUUCGCCUUCGCUUUCAGUGCAUUCGGUGCAUUCGGCUGCGUGCGACUCCCUCCGUACUGCGUAGUAGUUCGCCAGAAUGGAUGCCAGCAAACACGCACUCGAAGCCUGGAGCGUUCGUUGACCGUUCAAGAUGCAAUUUUACCUCCAUCGGUCGUUCAUAGGUAUUUUGCGCUCGUGAAUCAGAGAACUUUGCUGCCACCGGGUUAGAUUGAACCAUUCUUCGAUACCUUUCCCUUCCAACGAGCAUUUCUCUCUCGCUUGACUGGGGCGGUGUUUGUCUUCUGCUGCUGCUGGUUGUUCCGUCAAAUAAACCGGGUUUCAUCAGCUGAUGACAAGCCUGGUGUGCUGCUCGGUGUGUCUAUCUCUCGCGCACCCGUCGCACGAAAGAUUGCUUCUGGAAAAUUCUUUCAAGCAUUCAACCGAACGUCAGCCGGACGGGCGUAGCGCUAAAUGGCUAAUUUCAAGCGGGAAAAUAUUAAAAUUAAUUUCCCAAAAUUAAAGUGUCAACAUUUCUCUGCAAAAGUUGGCAAAAAGUAAGCUAAAGCUAAAGCGAGCCGUUAAGAAGGUGCAAUGGUCCCCGAUUGCUUGGUUAGUUGGUCCGGAAAAUCGUAUUGAACUGACAUUAGGAGACCGCACUGUUUACAUUCCUUCUCCCAGCGAGAUGGGAAGCUGCGUAUGUGUGUGUGUGUGUUGUGCAGCGUAAAACCGAAGGUGCACAAUAGCAGGGAAAAGUGGCACUGGUCGAGCCGUUUUUCGUUCGCGUUCCCGUGCGGGAGAGCCACAAUUUUCCGUCCUUGACCGACUUCUCGUGCGUGUGUGUGGUAGUUGGAAAUCAUAUCCGCAAUAUUGCAGCAGCAAGUGCCCGAAGAAGCCACAUCGCUGUUCCGUCGUCGUCGUCGUCGUAUGGUGGAAGCUGCCGCCACCACCACCUUGUCGCCAGCCAAAAUGUUCUAGAAGGAUUUCUUCUUCACGCCGCGCGAGAGAUAUACGGCGUGUGCGAUUGGUUGGUGUGGAAGCGUUCGAAGAGAAGCGACCGUUGUCGUACAUUAAAACCAAAUAGUAAAUGUGAAUCUUUUUAGUAAAAUCGUUAAAUUAGUAGUAUAACGUGUAGGGUUUACCGUACAGUGAGAGAUAGAGCGAGAGUCACAGAGCGGUUCUGUUGUUUGUCGGUGACCCUGUGCUGGCAGGGCACCGGAGAGUGAGCAAUGGGCGAGGAAUGUUCCAGGGGUAGAUGUGCCGCCAAACGGUCCCGUUUCGAUCAGCAGUUCGAUGCCGAGUUCGGCCCGUCGGAAGUGACCACCACGUCAAGGUUCAUCGAUGUGCUUGACCAGCUGGACAUGAAGGUUGAAUUGCUACGCAAGGAUGCCAUGCUGUUGCGCGACAAGAAGGACUUCCUGGCCAUGUCGGUGGAUCUCCUACGGAACAAUGAGUACCUGACCGGGCUAAACGAAAACGAGCGCGAUGAGAUCAAGUGCUACGUGCAGCGGAUUAGCAACCGGCUCGGUACGGUCGAGCUGAACGUGUGUACGGUGCGCGACCAGGCGCAGGAAGACUCGCUGCACCACGUGAACAGCUUGAUCGAUCUGAUCAUCGCCGGCGAGGAUCCGGUGAUGUCGCGCCAAAAGUGCCAACAGUAUCUGAACGCGUGCAGCACCACCGAUACGAGCGUGUACGCCGACUUCGAUCCGAGCACGAUCAGCACGGACAAGAAGUUUGAGAGCGUGCUGCUCGGCUGCACGCUGGACGAUCAGAAAACGAUCAAGAAGCGGCUGCAGGCGCUGCUCGUCUACCUUACCCAGCAAACGAUUGUCCACUGAAGGAAAGGGACGGGCGGAAAGAGUGCGGGGCACGAAUACGGAAUGGCGCGCAUAUGGAUGUGUGGUAGUAAUUGCACCCAUAUGUUUACACCGGGCAAGCAAACAAAAAGGGGAUGGGAGGGGGAGAACAAAACAAGGGGAAGUAGUGGGUAAUGGCGCGAGAAAUGCUUCCGGCUGGAAGGAGGGGGUUGAUGCCACCCAAAAUCGGACGCACGGUUCUGUGGGAGUGUUUCCGGCUUUGGGAUGACCGAUGCUCCACUAAUUCAAGUAUCUAUAUACACACGCACACACACACACACACACACAAAGAAACAUGUAAAGAGGAAGCUUAUUAAAUUGCUGCACAAACAAAGGUUUAAACUCGCGAUGAGCCAGGGCGUCAUCUUGGUCCGCUCCGGGGGUUUCGGUUAGCGGUCAUUGCACCGCCUGUGGUAUGGUUUCCUGCCAUGCGACACAAACAUGGGUGUGGUGAAGCAACCGAAAUCUGCCGCCAACUACUGCCCUCUUCCCUUCUCGACGAGAGAGAGAGAGAGAGAGAGAGAGAGAGAGAGAGAGAGAGAGAGAGAGAGAGAGAGAUUGUUUGAGUGUGCUUUGCCUCCUCCUAUAUCCUAUAUCUUACUUGUAUUUCCACUAUGUUAAUUGAAAUUUUCUUAAGCAAAAAAACAAAAUCGGUGUAGCGAGAGCUAUUAUAAGGCAUUUGGUGUUUGAGUUUAAAUUUUCCUUUUUUUUCCUAUGAAUAUCCUUAUCACUAUUACUGCGUUCGUGCUCCCAAAGCUUCCAGAAACGUAGAUCUUCUUUAUCAUUUUCCUCAGUUACUAGCAGCCUUUGCAUAGAAAAGGAAGGCGAUCAACGUUAAACAGUGUUGGCCAGUAGCGAUUGCCUAGGGCGGUAGAGUAUAGACUGACUGAAUGGGCAAGUUUGCUUUGCACAAUGGCACACACGCUACUUAAAUCCGGAACCGGAAGCAUGCUCACCACCAUAGCGGUUUCUUGGAGUAACUUUUGUUUUAAUUAGUCGCGUGGAAAAUGCAUCCACAGGGCCACUAAACUUAUCACUGCCCCUUCCCUGAUUGGUGUUGUGAUGGGCCACACUAAACAUGACUCAAGGACGGAAUUCAAACGCUUUUACACCCGGACAGGGGAAAGUAAGGUUCCACAGUUUUGGCAGCUUAUUGCUGCGUGCGAGGAGCAGGAGGGAUUAACCUAUUUUAUUCGGAUGCAUGUGUGCGUGUGUGCCGGAGAAGAGAUCGAAACGAAUAGCAGCGAACAGGAGGAGUCGUCGUCGGUGAGCAAAAUAAACUCGAUGAAUAUUACGAAAUGUA